UCAACUACACAGUGAGACUAUGUUUCAACAAAACAAAAUAUAGUAACCAAAAAAAGUGAAAAACCUUUGGACUUUUGUGAAACCAAGAAUUUAUGAGAAACCCAAGACCAGGUACAGACAGUCUUUGUAAUUAUUAUCACGGCCCAUUCUCCAGUCUGACUUUCGUCUUUUUUGCUUCCCUAUCUGAGAAGCACUGUGACUCAUAGCAGCUCACACGGUAACUGGUAUUAGAAAAGGAUUCAGUCCUUCAGAUAGCCAAGGGCAGGUGGUCUUUUAGGCCCUGCAGAAGGAUAAAGGCUGGGGCGUUGGAUGUUGUGUCAGGGUUGGGGCUGAGUCAAAGAAAACAAUUUAAGUUAUUGCUGGAGCCAAACUCUGGCCCAACCUCCUCGAGAAUGUUCUCUUCUGAAAAGGGCUGUAAGACAGCCCUGACACCAGGCUAAUGGUCUCUGAAGCUUAAAGACCCUUUCCCUUAUAAAAGCCAGAGUGCCUGUACGGUGGAAGCUGAGGCAGGAAGACAGCUGAGCCAGAGCCAGUGCCAGGCCAGCCUGGCUACAUAGUUAGGCUCUUGGGGGUGGGGGUGGAGCAAAGAGGAAGAGAAACUGUUGAGAACCUCGCAAGUUCAGGAUCCAUCUGUAUUUCUGAAAACUAAAGAAACCAGGAGAGACAGGGACGUAACUAGACCAAACAGCAAACGCAAAGGCUUUCUGAACAUUUAAACCCCUGGGGAUUCCAGUUGGGAAGGAACACCAUCAAAACACUUCCCUUCCCCCAAAACCCCAAACCCCCUCUGGCUCCUCAGGGAGCCUAAGCUCACCGCGACAGCUGGCGUCGCUUCGCGUCAUGUUACCCUCCCUGUCACGCGCCCACGCGCUCAGGCCCUGAGGGUGACCUGUGCCUUUGUUUUUUAAGUUCCUCCUCCUUUAACCAAAAUUGAGCAGCUCUCCCGCCUCCUUCCUCCACUCCUUAGGCACCCCUGAGUCCUCCCCAGAGCCCAGAGUCCAGAGCGGGCGACUACAGCCCCGCGGUCCCGUUCCUGGCGCCCCGGGCCAGGCCGCGGGACAGCAGGGGGCGCAACGCCGGGCGCCCGGGGCAGCAAGGGCGAGGCCGCGGCCGCCGCAGUAAACAAGCCGGGCCGCCACGCGGCGCCCGGAGCAGCGGGGCGGAGCCGCCGUCUCUCGGCCUCCCCGCCCCCCGCUUCCGGCCCCGAGGCGGCGGCCGCCCGGAUCGCGAGCGCCUGUUCCUGGAGUCCCCGGAGCAGCUGAGGCCUGAGCAGGCGGAGCUGGAGUCUCCACCGAGCUCUCGCUGCUGCCCGGGAGGAGAGCUCGAGUGGCCGCACGACCUGGGGCAGUGGCAGUGGACAAAGGAUCUCACUAUGUAGUUCAAUCUGACCUUGAGCUCACUGUGUCACCUAAACUGGCCUCAUGGGGCAAUCCUCCUGCCUCAGCUUCUCAAGUGCUGGAAUUGAAGAGACCAAAAUUAUGAAAUUAUAAAAGGAUAAAAAGAAAGAGAAAAAGAAGAGGAGGAGGAAGAAAAAGAAGAAACUACAACAAAAUUUCAAAACGUGAAUCAAGGGGCAACAAUGCUUUUCUACCGCAACUAGAGCAAAAAGUUACUGGCUAAAAUAAAGAAGAAAGAAAGAAAAAAAAAAAAAAGAAGAAGAAGAAGAAAGAUGACUGUUGUACCAGCCAAUGGACUUCUGGAUAGUUGGAGAGGAGUUCUGUUUGCACUGGUGAUUCUCUCUUGCAUGACCAAAUCUUCAGUAACACCAUCCAGGGGAAGCCUUGAAGUCCUUGGGAUUGGAGGCCUGAGGCUCAGAGGGAGCCCAGCCUAGCAGAGUGGAUAGAGGGCAGUGGAUAUGGAAGGAGCAGCGGCGGGCGGGCAGCAGCAGCCUCGGCAGCAGCAGUAGCAACAGCAGCAGAAGCAGCCGCUGCCAGCAUCGGUGAGGACACUGGAGCCAGAGUAAGAUUGCAGGACCAGGAUCGCAGCCCGUGUAGGAGCCAGAGUGCAGCUGGCCUGGGAAAGGAGUGGAUCCUUCCCAGCACCCGUAAGCCACCGGUUGCCUGCUCUCUCCCUGCCAGACCUGCCGAGAGGAGAGCCUGGGACAGCCAGCCUCAGGUUCCCCAGCCUCAGGAUGGCGUCCUCCCUGCUUGAGGAGGAAGCUCACUAUGGCUCCAGUCCUUUGGCCAUGCUGACAGCAGCGUGCAGCAAGUUCGGUGGCUCCAGCCCUCUGCGGGACUCAACAACGCUGGGCAAAACAGCCACAAAGAAGCCAUACUCUGAACUUUCAGCUCCCAAAACCAUGGGGGAUGCCUACCCAGCCCCCUUUUCAAGCACCAAUGGGCUCCUCUCACCUGCAGGCAGUCCUCCAGUGCCCACGUCCGGCUAUGCCAAUGACUAUCCGCCCUUUUCCCACUCUUUCCCUGGGCCCACAAGCACCCAGGACCCUGGGCUACUAGUGCCCAAAGGGCAUACCUCUUCUGACUGCCUGCCCAGUGUCUACACCUCUCUGGACAUGGCACACCCGUAUGGCUCAUGGUACAAGGCAGGCAUCCAUGCAGGCAUCUCACCAGGCCCUGGCAACACUCCUAGUCCUUGGUGGGAUAUGCACCCUGGUGGCAACUGGCUAGGUGGUGGACAGGGCCAGGGUGAUGGGCUGCAAGGGACACUGCCAACAGGCCCUGCUCAGCCUCCACUGAACCCCCAGCUGUCUACCUACCCAACUGACUUUGCUCCCCUUAACCCAGCCCCCUACCCAGCCCCUCACCUCCUGCAGCCAGGACCCCAGCAUGUUCUGCCCCAAGAUGUCUAUAAGCCCAAGGCAGUUGGCAAUAGUGGGCAAAUAGAGGGGAGUGGUGGGGCCAAAAACCCCCGAGGUGCAGGGACAGGAAGUAGUGGCAGCUAUGCGGGUAGUGGGACAGGGCGCUCCUCCUGUGACUGCCCCAACUGCCAGGAGCUGGAGCGCCUGGGGGCAGCAGCAGCCGGGCUGAGGAAGAAGCCCAUCCACAGCUGCCACAUCCCUGGCUGUGGCAAGGUGUAUGGCAAGGCCUCGCAUCUGAAGGCCCACUUGCGUUGGCACACAGGCGAGAGGCCCUUUGUCUGCAACUGGCUGUUCUGCGGAAAGAGGUUCACCCGCUCUGACGAGCUGGAGCGGCAUGUGCGCACUCACACCCGGGAGAAGAAGUUCACCUGCCUGCUCUGCUCCAAGCGCUUUACCAGAAGUGACCACCUGAGCAAACAUCAGCGCACUCACGGAGAGCCAGGCCCAGGCCCCCCUGCCAGUGGCCCCAAGGAGCUGGGGGAGGGUCGCAGCGUGGGGGAAGAGGAGGCCAGUCAGACACCUCGAACUUCGGCCUCACCAGCACCUCCAGAAAAAGCCCCUGGAGGCAGCCCUGAGCAGAGCAACCUGCUGGAGAUCUGAGCUGGGUGCAGGGUCUCCAGCCAGAGGCCUUUUGCCAGCCUCUCUGGCUCUGUGGACCACUGCUUGCCCUCAUUCCCUUCCCUAUGCAUGCUGUCUUUUGGGGCUUUCUCUGCUUCUUCUCAGCAUUCUGGCCUGGUGAGUCCUUGCAUGUCUCUUCAGCUCACUUCCUCCAUGUGCCAGGAGCCCAACUCACUUCAGGCCCUCAUGUUGUAUCUGAUUCCUGACCUCUGGCUUCCUAAGUUUUUUCUUGGUCCCUGUUCACAGCUUCUGUCCCGGGUCUUGCUAUACCAAACCACUUUUCUUCCAUCUGGAUUCCCAGCACUAUUUCUCUCUUACACAAACUCCAUUGCAUCCUUUCUGCUUUCCAAGCUUAUUUAGUGUUACCCCUCAGCUUCCAGCCCUUAUCUUCCCAACUUCUUACUUCGCUCUCCACCCUCCAGAGCUUUUUUCCCUUUUCACAAACACAGCUGAUAGUGAUUAUUUAUUGCCCCCUGGUGGCCUCUUCAUUAGGGACCAGUUUUAGGGGGAUUGGGGUUAGUGACCUGGCUGGGAGCAAGGUGCCAAGAGGGGGGCAGACCAGUGGGGAUCUGACCCCAAAAAUGGGAUGACCCCAGGGUCAGGGAGGCUGCCCCCAGGCCUGUACAGUUAACCCCUGUGCACCAGGAGUAAUGAAUAAUAAUAAUAAUAAUAAUAAUUCUAUUUAUCUAAGUUAUGAUGACGGGUCAGGUAGAGUGAGCUGGGGAGGGAAGGGGAUCCAUUUCUGCUAUGGAAAUUCUAGCCAAAUGCAUCUCUGUAUAGACAAAGUGAUAGCAGAGGUCAUCUUAAUAGAAUUUCUAUCAUCAGGGUUCAGUUAAUGGGGUUUCUUUUUCAGUGAAGUUUUUACAAAUUGGGUUGGUUAGCUAGAUCUCUGUAAGAGAGUAGAUGUGGGUAUUUCUCAGUGAGGAGAUCCCUAAUAUUCCCAGCCCCAGCCAGAAGCUGUGAAACCUCAAGUCCUAUGUGGGGAGGACUGGAGUGUACUCCAGCUCCCUUGACCCCAGAGCAGGUCCUUCCACUGCCCACUUCAGACAUCAUGACCCUAUCAGGGUAAUACCCUGUUGCCAUGGUUACAGACAGCUUGCAGCUGCCAUCUUAAACAGGCUUUUUGGGGAAGCCCAUCUAACAGGAGGACAUUGGUUUGAAGGUGCCUCUCUUAAAGAAUGGGUGGGGAAGACUCUCUGGGACCAGAUUCAAAUAAAUCAAGUAUUUAUUGAGUGCCUACUUUCUACAAGGCACUGUAUUAGGCCUGGUGCCUAGAAGCCAUGAGAAAGAAUUUUACAGAGCUAGGAGGACAGAGGUCCCCAAACAGAUUUGGGGGUGUAUCCACAGGCCCCCCCAACCUGGGACUUCUGACUCCACUUCCAAUGACUUUUAAAGCCGCUUGUGCCUUUGAAUGCUUUUCCUGAGACUUUGGAUCCUCCUUUUCUAUCCCCUGCUCCCUCAGAGCCCCAAGUUAAAGAGCAAAGCCGCUGGAACUUGGGGUGAGGGUAACAUUGUGGAGGGGAAGAAAUCAUCCCCUCGUGGUCUUUUUUUUUUUUAAUUUUUAAUUUAAUAAAUAAAAGUUUGAUUUGAAA